GAACGUGUGUGGCCCUGGCCGGCGCCCCGCCAAGCAAGCAAGCGGUGGCUGCGGCCGGCGAGCGCGCGCCCGGCGGUGCGUGUGUGUGUGUGUGACAAGCGUCAGGUGACUCGGGUCACGCAGUCGCUCCCUCGCGCUCCCGGGGAGAACUGCCGCGCUCCGGCUGGCUCCUCCGGCAGCGGCGGCGGCGGGAGGGGGGGGCUGGGCGCCGCUGCAGCCCCCAGAGAACCAGGCUCGCCCGGGGAGGCGCGGGCGGUUCGGCCCACGCGGGACCCUGGAGCCGAGCGUGGGCGUGAUGAGCCAGGUGCUGGGCAAGCCUCAGCUGCAGGGUGAGGACGGCGGCGACGACGAGGAGGAGGAUGAGCUGGUGGGACUGGCGGGCUACGAGGACGGGCCCGGGUCCUCGGACGCCGAGCUGGACAGCGGGCCGGAGGAGGGAGUUCUGGACUUGAGCGACCCCUUCAGCACUGAGGUGAAGCCCAGGAUCCUGCUCAUGGGUCUCCGAAGGAGCGGCAAGUCGUCCAUACAGAAAGUUGUCUUUCACAAGAUGUCCCCGAGUGAGACCCUGUUCCUGGAAAGCACCAAUAAGAUCUGCAGGGAAGAUGUCUCCAACAGCUCCUUUGUCAACUUCCAGAUCUGGGACUUCCCAGGACAGAUUGACUUUUUUGACCCGACCUUUGACUACGAGAUGAUCUUCCGGGGCACAGGAGCGCUGAUCUUUGUCAUCGACUCCCAGGAUGACUAUAUGGAAGCGUUGGCCAGGCUCCACCUCACAGUGACCAGAGCCUACAAAGUGAACACUGACAUUAACUUCGAGGUGUUUAUUCAUAAAGUGGAUGGUCUGUCAGAUGAUCACAAAAUUGAAACCCAAAGAGACAUUCACCAGAGGGCCAACGAUGACCUUGCAGAUGCUGGCUUAGAAAAAAUUCACCUGAGCUUUUAUCUGACGAGCAUUUAUGACCAUUCAAUAUUUGAAGCCUUCAGUAAAGUGGUUCAGAAACUGAUCCCACAGCUCCCGACGCUGGAGAAUCUGCUGAACAUCUUUAUCUCAAAUUCCGGAAUUGAAAAGGCAUUUCUGUUUGACGUGGUCAGUAAGAUUUAUAUCGCAACUGACAGCACUCCCGUGGACAUGCAGACCUACGAGCUCUGCUGCGAUAUGAUCGACGUGGUGAUCGACAUCUCUUGUAUUUAUGGUCUCAAAGAAGAUGGAGCAGGAGCCCCGUAUGACAAGGAGUCCACAGCCAUUAUAAAGCUGAAUAACACAACGGUUCUUUAUUUAAAAGAGGUCACAAAGUUCUUGGCGCUCGUUUGCUUUGUCAGAGAGGAAAGCUUUGAAAGAAAAGGCCUUAUUGACUAUAAUUUUCACUGCUUCCGGAAGGCCAUCCAUGAGGUAUUCGAGGUGAGAAUGAAGAUGGUGAAAUCUCGAAAAGUCCAGAGUCGCUUACGGAAGAAGAAAGGAGCUACUCCUAACGGGACCCCUCGCAUGCUGCUGUAGGGGGGCUAUCAGGAGCCUGAGCCCACGCAUGUGAUGGGGGUGCUGAGCCACACUGGACCUCAGGAAGGAGGAGCCUACGACACGGACGUAGAUUUGUUCAGGACAAAGAAAGUACUCUCUUUUUAAAAUAAAAUGAGCUCUUCGAAGCAAAAACCUGUACAGUAACAAAGUGAGCCCACUCUAUCGCUGCAUAAAUAUAAACUUCCGUGUUGAUAAUCAGAAAACCCCCCUUGAGAACUGCCAGGAACUGUACAUACUUUGCACUUUUUCACAUUUUUCCUCUGGAGAGGAACUUUGAUAAGGACUUUUCUAAACUCUUUUUCUGUACUUGAUGUCAAGGGCGUGCAUACUAUGGUCCAUAUAUGGCCAUCGGAAAUUCAUCCAAAGUAAUACAUUGGUAAAGACUUUUUGUAAGUUGGGGAACCUUUGCUACCAAUUGUUAUGGGGGAAAUCAUUUUUCAGUGGAGCAGGGAUAGUAGGUCUGGGCUGGGAGCUCCAGGCAAGAACAGUAAGAACUUGUGUUUGUAAUGCGUGUGAAUGGAAAUUUUUUAGAAGAAUAUCAGGACCAGGCUUCCAUCCAAGUCUGUAUCCCUACUGGCCAUGCCUUCCUACCCACCCAGUCUUUAUGCAACUCUCUCCCUCGGCACACGUCUUUGUGGUCGGUGUGUUCAAGUGGGUGACUUCUUUCUGCUGAGUUAUUCUAAUGAACCUUAGGGACCAGAUUUCUAAAACGAUGCCGGUUAGUAUAAAGAUAUAUGAAUGUUGUUUGAGGAGACGGGGGAAAUAGUAUGGAUUUGUUGGGAAUGUUCUGGAGGUACUUCCGUACCUGCCAAGGAGGUAAAAUAACAGGCCGAGAGGGUUCCCAGAGAGUCCCAGUGGCAGAUGGCCUCUCAGACUAGAUACACUUGUGUACCUGUGUGUGUCUGGCUCCUGUGAAUGGCCUCUUGUGCUAUGUUUAAAGUCUUUGUUCAGGACCAGUUUUUAGUGCUCCAUGGCCAUAGGCGUGGAGCAGGUCUUUCGUCUUCACUAUGGAGUUUAGUCCUUGGUGGCUUCAUUUGGUAUCCGAAUCAGCUUCAUUUGGUACCUGAAUCACCUGUCCAUCUGUGACAGUCUGCCUUGUGUCCUCCCUCCCAUGCCUACCAAGUUCAGCUUGCUACCAACUUGCUCUGUGAGAGAAUUCUGACACAGGAAAGCUUGUGGCCUGUGGGAAAAGGUCCGCCUCAAGAGGUCUAAGUUAGCCAUGGGUUCGUUUUUCUAGAUGAACAGGGAAUUGGAGUCCUAAAUCUAGGCCUAUACCAAGCCAUUCCAAAGGUUAGCACUGUCAGGCAUGUAUGACCCUAGAAAAGAUUCCUAGGGACAUCAGAGCUGCUCUUGCAAAAAUACAUGAAGUGUUUAAAGCAUUUUUUCCCUUCUUAUCUAAUUGUUUUUCCUUUCCCAAAUCUUACACUUGGUUUCUUGCUUGUUUAUUGUUUGUGUAUGGUUUGGCUGUCCUGGAAGUCACUAUGUAGACCAGGCUAAUCUUGAAGUCUCAGAUCCACGUGACUCUGUUUCCCCUGAGUGCUAGGAUCAAAGGUGUGCACCACGAAGCUGCUAACAAUGAUGGAUGUCUGAUGUUGCGAGCUGAGCCUCCAGUAGUCUGUGCGGUACUGGGGUUUCUAGCACUCCUUACAGCAUUGUGGCUCCUUCCUUACAAUUCCCGUACAGAGACCACAAAGGAAUUGUUAGGCGUCUGGAACCCCAGAGAAGUUUCCGUUCCCUUAAUUUUCAGAGCUGUUCCCUGAUGGGCCUUGGCCAACAGGUUGGAAGGAGGUUGGCUACCCUGAAGAGUCUCAUCUCCUCCCCCCAACAUACACACACACACACACACACACACACACACACACACACACACGAGAGAGAGAGAGAGAGAGAGAGAGAGAGACAGAGAGAGAGAGAGAGAGACAGAGAGAGACAGAGAGAGAGGGGGAGGGAGGGAGGGAGAGGAUGCUGUUUGUUUGCUUUUUUGAGACAGGGUUUGAGAUGGCCCAGGCUGCUCUCAAACUUGCUAUGUAGCCCAGGGUUAUCUCCCACUUCUGAUCCUCUGCCUUCACUGCCCCGUAGUGCUGGGAUCUUAGCAGAGCACCAGCAAGCUUGUCUUGAACAGUGCUGAGGACUGAGCCCCGGGCUCUGUGCACGUUGGGCAGGUUCUCUAUUAAGCUUAUAUCCCAGUUCCUUUUCUUAAUAGUUUUUACAAAGUAUUUCUCAUUGAACAGAGAAUUGCAUUUUUAAUAAGACUUUAUUUUUUAGGUAAGACAUCUGCCUGUCUGGUAAACCACAUGAAAUUGCCAUGUAGAAGUGGAGCUUCCGUUUUGAAGCUGGUUAUAUGGUGGGUUUUUGUUGAAAUGUGCCUUAAAAGCCCAUCAGUUCACGGGCGUGUGAUCGAUCCUGCAGCUUAGGGCCCAUGUUCCUAAUCACAGCCGCACUCUCGUUACUCAUGCUGAUACGGAUCGAUUCCUGCCUCCGGCCUCGUGUGACAAUGACUUCUAAAGAUGCAGGAGUUACAGCUGAGCGGUGAGGUUUUCCAGUCUGGGACUGGGAUUACUACAGAUCUUCACAUUCGUUUCAUAUUUUCUCUUAGAUUUGGGAGUUAGUCUAAGGCGCUAUGUAGAUCUGUGUUGAUGCUCAAGUGCAACGAUACCCAGAAAGGGCAAACUCCUGGCUACGGCGGCCGCACUAGGACAGUUUUGUUUGGUUUUAGGAGUUGCGAACGGGAAGAUUUGUAGAGCAGGACAGGCUUACAGGCUUUUGAUUUUUGAGUCAAGUACUUCUGGGUUAUGGUCGGACUGACUCGCCGUCUUAGCUAACUUUUAGUCAUGGAGAUCAGUGUGAGUGACCAGGAUAGAGUGUUUUCAAAGGAGUAGAAAUAAAAGCUGAUUAACAUUUACCAAGUGUUAUUUUGUGAACAUUAUAUAUUUUGGAUCCUUAAAUAAGAAACGACUAAAAAUCACAGCAAUACUAUUAACGUGGGUUAUAUGCCAACUGUCUGAAAUGGAAUUCAUAAAAACAAUGGCGCUGUUGUGCGAUUAAAGUUCAGUAUGCACUCAAA